CUUUCUUUUCUUUAAUUUACAGGUUUUCGAUGGAUGUCGCAGUACAUCUAAGCUUCCUGGACACAAAUAAAAAACAACGUUUGCAUUACUACGCCUCUUUUCCUUAUUCAAUUAACAUCUGUUGUUCAGCAUGGCUACAGAAGUGCUUUUGGCCAACACUCCCAUCACUGAUCUUGACCCUUCACUGACAAAGACUGUUCUUUACGAACGACUGGUCAAUAUUUUAAACAAAAAUAAUAUAGAUGAGCUUGGUAUUCUUCCAUUCCUACCCGAGUCUGACACAACAGAGACGGGAAUAGAAAGAGAGAGAGAGGCUACUGCUAUCGCUGCCACAACUACAACCGAAGAAAAAAUCACACCACAUUACCCAUUUGUUGUUCAGGAACAAGGGACAAAACUAGGGAUUCCAAUCUUUUGUUGGGUUCCUUUACUCGAUGCUUCAUAUGAGGUGCUCAAGGACGCGUGUAAACAUCCUGUAGGAUCGUCAUCGCAAGAAUGGUGGACUGAUCCAGGACGACGUCGUCGAGUUAUUGAAUCAACAUCAUGCUUGACGAUCCUCUGCCCAGAUUCUUUCAUGGUUAUGAAUAAUCGAAAACGUCUUGUCCAAGAAGGAUUUUUGGAUCCACAAAAGGAACUCGAGUUCUUAAACAUGAUCCUGACAUUCCCAAGGAAUUGUAAAAGCUCAGGAGCAUGGUUUCAUAGAAAAUGGUUACUUUGCUACAUCUACAAGGACCACGAGGCAUCGCCAUUACCUCCUUGCAUUGUGGAAGGACAGUUAAAGAUUUGUCAGUUGGCUGCAGAGCGGUAUCCUAAAUGCUACUAUGCCUGGACUAUGAGACAUUGGCUAGUUGAGCAAUUAGGUCGUCAUUGGUGGAAUGCAAGUCUCAAGUACGGUUUUAAUCAUGGCUAUAGCCAUGGACAUGAAAGCAACAGCAACGACAGCUUUUCAAAGCAUAGUCGUGGUCACCUUAUCAAUGACCCAAAUAGCUUACUUGAGCCACUAGUACAGGAAUUAGAGCGGAUGAGAGCUCAUAUGCAACGGAACGUUUCAGACCACUCAUCACUGCAACAUUUGCAACAAUGUAUGAUCCAAUUGAGCGGACAUUGGAUUGUAUUACAGCAAAGAGCGCAAAGCGAAGAGCAAGAAGAACCAGAGCGACAGCGGCACCAGCAACCAUCGUCGCCUUUGUCUUCAUCACCCUCCUCUUCACACUACGUAUUACAGUGGUCAAGGAAAGAACUUCAACAGAGGCAACAUAAAAGAGACCAAUGGUUCAAUUUGGAAGCAGCAACAACAAAAGCAAGUACGAUACCUUCUAUGCCAGUUAUGAAUCAUCAGCGGAGUGCCAUUCGAAGUGUUUUACCCUCUGCUGUUGCUACUUUCAUUCUCAAUGCAUCGGAUGAUGGGGAUGCGGACCAAACUAUGGCGGAUGAAAUGGCAAGUUUCAGAUGGGUAUGCCAUCUUUGGUUAUAUGAACUGAAGAGGACUCGAAAUUUGAUUCGAAUUUAUCCAGGACAUGAGUCUUUAUGGUAUCAUCUUCGCUUUGUAUAUUACGGAUUAAGAUGGCUAGACUCUUCUGAAAUAGACACCGCCCCUGUAUUUGUACUAGGAGAGAAUAUGAAAGAUGCUAACCAAGGAAGCAAAAACCAAGACAGCGACCACAAUCUACUAGUUUCUCCAACAACUGAGGGUGCGUUUGUGGAUCAGCUAUUGAAACAGAAGGAAGGAUUGAGUCUAUUAGAUGAAGGCAAAGAUGAACAGCAGAGAUAUUGUGCGGAAAGGUAUCUGGAUUGGGUUAGGCGCCUCGACAUGGAUAUUGAGGGAGCUUAAUAACUCUUAUACGCUUGUAGUAGUUUUACCAUCAGACACG